UUUUUCUGCUAAGAAGUAAACUGAUGAGAGAGGAGGGGGCUUACAUCCAUAUUCCCUCUAAGCUGUGCCUGCAUUAACUCUCAUUUGGGUCAUCUCAAAGACAUCAGCCCAGUCACAGAGAUGAAGAUACUGCUAGUUUUUGAUUUUGACCACACAAUUGUUAAUGAUAACAGCGACACAUGGAUCGUCCAGUGUGCCCCUGAUAAAACGCUCCCAAACGUGCUGCAAAAUUCUUACGAGAAGGGAAAAUGGACAGAGUAUAUGGGCCGGAUCUUCACCUACCUCGGAGAACAGGGCAUACGAGGGGAUGACAUGAAAAGAAUUAUGAUCGCUAUACCAUAUACACCGGGCAUGACUGAGCUUCUCCAUUUCAUUGGCCAGAACAAGGAUCACUUUGAUUGCAUCAUUAUCUCCGACUCGAACACCAUCUUUAUUGACUGGAUUCUGACGCACGCAAAUGUUAACAAUGUUUUCGAUCAAGUGUUUACAAACCCUGCAGCCUUCGAUCGGUUUGGAAAUCUUACUGUCCAAAACUUUCACGUCCAUCACUGUACGUCGUGCCCGAAGAACCUAUGUAAGCGGAAAGUAUUAGAGGAAUUUGUAGCCAAGCAGGCCACCAACGGCGUUCAGUAUUCUAAAAUAGUUUAUAUCGGAGAUGGCAGCAAUGACCUUUGCCCAGUAACUUACCUGAAGAAGGAAGAUAUUGCCAUGCCGCGGGAAGGCUAUUCAUUGCAGAAGCACAUUGCUAAGGAGAUUGAAUUAAUUGAUUCCUCCAUAAGUGUAUGGUCUACAGGCAAUGAAAUACUGGCUCAUCUGAAGCUAUUGCUGGAGGGGUAACACUCCAGUAUAACAUAUUUUCUCCUAUUACUCCAG